AUGCGUUCAUCAAUUUUUAUUUUACACGUAUUAGUUUAUACAAUCUUCUUGCAUGUUGUAGUCGAUGCACGAGCGACUGUAGCUAGUCAUAGCCAUCCCUCGAAUGUUAAACAUUUUGAAUCUAACUUAGAUACAAAUAUCGGUUAUUGGUCACCUAGUACUAGUUCAAUCGAUUGGUGUGAACGUAAUUAUGUUGUAACUCAGUAUAUUGCUGAAUUUUGGAAUUGUAUUUCAAGUUUCUCUAUGUGCAUAUUAGGUGCAAUAUUAUUUAUUCGAGGUUUAUACAAUAACGUUGAAACUCGAUUUUUAUUAUCUAGUUUGGGUUUUAUAUUAGUCGGUCUUGGAUCUGCUUAUUUUCAUGGUACUCUAACACAUUUAGGACAAAUGGCCGAUGAACUUCCAAUGGUCUAUUCAAUGAUUAUCUGGUGGUUUAUAUUAUAUAGAAUGAAUGAAUUUAAACAGAUAAAGAAUAAACUAUUUGUAAUUGACAUAUUACUCGUAUUUGGAAUUUUUUAUGGAUUAUUAUGGACGUACGUACACAGUUUACAAACAUUCGUACUGAUAUUUCAAGCACAUAUGGGUUUGAUGGUACUUGGAGCUAUAAUUAAACUAAUUUAUCUAUAUCGACAACCAUAUCAUCAUAUAUAUCGGAUCAAAUAUAUACUUAUAGUAUAUGUUGGUUUACUAAUUUCAGCUUUUGUAUGUUGGACUAUCGAUCAACAAUUAUGUGAACGAAUGAACAAUAUCAGUCGAUUUAAUCCACAAUUGCAUGCUUGGUGGCAUGUAUUUGGUGCUUUUCAUUGUCAUCUAGGAAUUGUAUGCGGCGAAGCUAUGCGUCUCCUAUCAAUCAAACAUCGACAACAUCAAAUAAAAAAUUCUCGAUCUCCUCAGCAGCCAUUCAAACCAGACGAUCACUUACAUAUUGUCUAUUAUCUAGGAUUACCUUAUAUAGAUUAUUCAAAAGAAAAACAAACAAAUGAAACAAAAGUUCAGUAA